AUGUCUCCAGUCGAAGGGUCCAGUGCGUGGGAAGCCCAGGACAAAGGUCCGCGAAUCGUCAGCGUCUGCUGGGCCGUCACCGCGUUCAGCACCCUCUUCGUCAUCGCCCGCGUCUACGUCCGUGGAUACGUGCAGCGAAAACUCCAGCAGGAUGACUACUGGACCCUCUUAGCCCUGGUCUGCGGCUACAUAUCCACCAGCCUCUCGACCGUUGCCGUCGCCAGUGGUAAUGGAAAGCACAUGGCUCUCCUGAGCCAGGAUCAGCAGGAGGGCGCCGUGCUCUGGACCACCGCCGCCUUCUGCCCCGGUGUCAUGUCCUUUGGCCUCCCCAAGCUCGCCGUCGUCUACCUCCUGACCAAGCUCCUCAACCCCGGAAAAUGGCACAGGGUCUUCCUCUGGUGGCAGGGCAUCUGGUGCCAGAUGACUCUCCUCACCACGGCCGGUCUCCUCAUCGGCCGCUGCAGGCCUGCCUACUCCCUCUGGACCUUUGACGUCAAGGGCGAUUGCUUCUCCAAGGACAUACUCGUCUCCUACUGCAUCUACGCCGGAUGCUUUUCCGCCUUUGUGGAUUUCUACCUCGCCAUCUACCCGGCCAUCGUUCUCUUCAAGCUUCAGCUGCCGUUCAGGAAGAAGUUUGCCCUCUGCAUUGCCCUCGGAAUCGGCUCCGUCCUUACUGACAUCUCUCUCUCUCUCUCUCUCUCUCCUAGCUCCGGUGUCGUCGCCGUUUACAAGACAACCCGUAUCCCGUCCCUGGCAUCAGAUGACUUUUCUUAUGAUACCUCCGACCUGGUCGUGUGGACUGUCGUCGAGGGAAGCACCAUCAUGAUCGCCUCCACCAUCCCGAUCCUCCAGCCGCUGCUGAAGAAGUUCCUCAACCGCAACCCGCUCUCGAGCAACUCCCGGUCCAAGUACAAGUUCACCAGCCCCAACGAGGUGACCGACAACAACCGUUCCUACGAGAUGAGCCACCGAAAGUUCCCGUCCAAGGCCAAGGACGAGCUCGGCUUCACCGUCCUCGGCGAGGGCGGCAGCCAGGACGACAUCCUCGCCCAGACGCCCAGCAACCCUGGCGGCACCCCGCCACCGGGCAGUGUCGUGGCGACGGAUAAGUCGGGUUCGCACCAGAUCACGAGGACCGACAUGGUGACCGUGACAUACGAGAAUGUGCCCUCCCAGCCAUCCAUGCCCAACUCUUUCACCAAAGCUUGGGGAGGCAGGGAUGGGAAUCAUAGGGUGGACGCUAAUAACUACCCGUCGGCCAGGCCGCGUGUUCUCAUGAACAGGGGGCCCGGAGAUGUUUAA